AUGCACACUCUUCCUUUGUCGUUUGCACUCUUAACGUAUACCGGUUAUUGGCGACCUGUUGGCCUGACAUCCAUCAAAUAUUGGGCAUACAUCGUUUAUUCCAUUAUAAUGAACUUUCUGCUUUACUCAUUCACACUUUGCGGUUUAGUCGAUUGCUUCAUAAUCGAGGAUCUCGAGACAUUUAUUGAGAAAUUCUCUCUGUUUCUGUCGGUACUCGGCGUUAGUUGCAAAGUGAUGAACCUGCUAUUACAUCGAGAUAAGAUCAUCGGUCUUACCGAUAUGCUGUUAAAAGACAUUUGCGUACCCAGGAACGAUCACGAGAUGGAUAUCCAGCGACGCUUCGAUCGCAGCGCAAAGACAAUUACCAUAUGUUGCGAGAUAUUGAAUGAAUCGGCUGUCUUCUUCGCAACGGUCGCGCAGUUUCGAUACUUUGUCAGUACACGGACUUUACCGCUGUCCGACUGGGUGCCCUAUGACAUCUCGUCGACGCCUGCAUUCUGGGCGACCAUGUUGCAUCAAACCAUAGGAUUAAUGGUCUGCGCAAAUGCCAGCGUCGCCCACGAGACUCUGAUCUCUGGCUUUAUGAUUCAGGCCUGCGCCCAGCUGGAUAUACUCUGUCACCGCGCUCGCACAUUGCCGGAUUCGCUACGAGAAGUUCGGAAACACGACACCUCGAAGGAAGAGAUCAAGGCACGAGAACAGCAACUCGUUCGCGAAUUAAUUCAUCAUCAUCGCUAUGUGUACAGAUUUGCGGAGCGCAUCAAUGCGGUGUUUACCCUAAUGAUUUUCGUACAGUUUACCAUAAGCUCGACAGUGCUCUGUCUUAGCAUCUAUAAAAUGUUGACGAAGAACUUGCUGAGUCUCGAAUUCGCGUGGAGCUCAUCGUAUCUUGGUUGUAUGCUUAUGCAAAUUUAUUUGUACUGCUGGUUCGGCAAUGAAGUAACAUUAAAGAGCACUGAAAUUGGAAGCGCCAUUUACGAAAUGGACUGGCCGAUGUUUCCUAUUGGUUUAAUGAAGACUCUUUUGAUAAUAAUUACGCGAGCCAAAAGACCAAUCAAGAUAACUAGUGGACACAUAGUUACUUUGUCCAACAAUUCAUUUAUGAAGAUCAUCAAAAUAUCUUACUCGGCAUACAAUGUUCUAACAAUGCACACUCUUCCUUUGUCGUUUGCACUCUUAACGUAUACUGGUUAUUGGCGACCUGUUGGCCUGACAUCCAUCAAAUAUUGGACGUAUAUCGUUUAUUCCAUUAUAAUGAACUUUCUGCUUUACUCAUUCACACUUUGCGGUUUAGUCGAUUCCUUCAUAAUUGAGGAUCUCGAGACAUUUAUUGAGAAAUUCUCUCUGUUUCUAUCGGUACUCGGCGUUAGUUGCAAAGUGAUGAACUUGCUGUUACAUCGAGAUAAGAUCAUCGAUCUCACCGAUAUGCUGUUGAAAGACAUUUGCGUACCCAGGAACGAUCACGAGAUGGAUAUCCAGCAACGCUUCGAUCACAGUGCAAAGAUAAUUACCAUAUGUUGCGAGAUAUUGAAUGAAUCGGCUGUCUUCUUCGCAACGGUCGCGCAGUUUCGAUAUUUUGUCAGUACUCGGACUUUACCGCUGUUCGACUGGGUGCCCUAUGACAUCUCGUCGACGCCUGUAUUCUGGGCGACCAUGUUGCAUCAAACUAUAGGAUCAAUGGUCUGCGCAAAUGCCAGCGUCGCUCACGAGACUCUGAUCUCUGGCUUUAUGAUUCAGACCUGCGCCCAGCUGGAUAUACUCUGUCACCGCGCUCGCACAUUGCCGGAUUCGCUACGAGAAGUUUGGAAACACGACAUCUCGAAGGAAGAGGUCAAGGCACGAGAACAGCAACUCGUUCGCGAACUCGUUCAUCAUCAUCGCUAUGUGUACAGAUUUGCGGAGCGCAUCAAUGCGGUGUUUACCCUAAUGAUUUUCGUACAAUUUACCAUAAGCUCGACAGUGCUCUGUCUUAGCAUCUACAAAAUGUUGACGAAGAACUUGCUGAGUCUCGAGUUUGCGUCGAGCUCGUCGUACCUUGGUAGUAUGUUUAUGCAGAUUUAUUUGUACUGCUGGUUCGGUAAUGAAGUGACAUUAAAGAGCACUGAAAUCGGAAGCGCCAUUUACGAAAUGGACUGGCCGAUGCUUCCUGUUGAUUUAAUGAAGACUCUUUUGAUAAUAAUUACGCGAGCCAAAAGACCAAUCAAGAUAACCAGUGGACACAUAGUUACCUUGUCCAACGAUUCAUUUAUGAAGGUUAAUGAGAUAUUGCGAUAAUAUUAACAAUGUUGAAAAUAUCUAUAAAUUUUAUACAUUUUAAUUUUUGUACAUUAUUUUA